CAGUAACCUUUAAUAUGUGGUGAAUUUAAAAGUAAAACUUGAAACCAUUUGUUAGAACAAUACACCAAACAAAGGCUUUUUAAGUUCAAAGUUAGCUAAUGUACUGCCCUUACGAAAACGCAACUUUCCUUGCGAUUACGCAUGGAUAAUAAUAUUAGUAAAGAAAUUUUGCAAAACAAAAAAUCUCUCAAGUAUUUGGAAUCAAAGUACAGUGUAAAAGGAUAAAACCUAACCAAAAUGAUGUUCACAAAAUCAUUAUGGACUUUGAUAGUAUUUGCAGUUCUAAGACUACCGUCCUCCAACGGUUCGUUGACAAGUACAACAGUGAAAUCAUAUUUGACGGAAUUGAAGACCAAUUAUGACAAGAACAUAUUCCCGAAACACAAAACACACGGACAAGUGUCCGUAAUGAUGGGUCUCCAGCUCAUCUCCAUCAACGGAUUCGACGAAGUCGCAGGCAUUUUAGAACUUGUCGCCAAAUUGAAAAUCUCGUGGACCGACGAGAAUUUACAGCGACUGUAUGCGUCAGCCUAUGCUGACAUCUCCGAGGCCCUGGUUCCGCAAAACGAUGUCUGGCUACCACCCGUAACCGUCUACAACUCAGUGGAGUCCUUAAAGAUGGUCGGUGAUUCCUCGUAUCACGUCCGGGUUAUCCCCGGUAUCGGAUGGAUUCAAUGGAUUCCAGGAGUGAUAACCAAAACCAGUUGCUCGGUGGAUGCUACCUACUUCCCCUUUGACAAACAGGUUUGCGAUAUCACCUUCACUAACUGGGGAUACACCGAAUCAGAAAUGAACCUGUAUUCUAGGGACGAGGUGAUUGACUUGAGUUUAUUUACGCAAAACGAGCAAUGGUCCCUAGGAGAGUCCAAGGUUUCCAAUUCCUCAACAGGAGGUCUUUCUUUCCUUACAUUUUCCGUGACUCUUGAACGUCAACCAACAUGGUUUCUUCUCAACAUGGUAUUACCCAUAAUCCUCAUCGGCUUGCUGACAGGCCUUGUCUUCCUCAUGCCGGUGGAUGAUGGAGAGAGGGUGGGUUACAUCAUUACGGCAUUCCUUACUUUUGCCUUCUUUCUCGACAUGAUAUCUUCCAAUUUGCCUCAUACUUCGAACCCGAUGGCAUUGGUAGUCUACUUCCUAACCGUCAUGGUUUACCUCUCGUCUGCCUCUACUGUGGUGACCAUUCUAACGCUGAGAAUCUACGACAAAUCGACAGAGGUCCCCAAAUGGUUGAAAGUCGUCGUUGCAAUAAUCCUGGCCAGGUACUGCUGUCCAAAGAAACAACUGUCUGACGAAGAAAUGGCCGGCUGGGCGGCCCCUGAGAAGAAGGAGGAUGUUAAGCCGGUGAUUCUGGGACCCACAGAAAACAUCACGUACCGUCUGGUGGGGCUGGCGCUGGACAUUCUGUUCUUCGUGUUGUUCAUUCUAAUUAACCUUGUCUGUACGAUUAUCUUCUUGGUCCCUCUCUCCACUAACGGAUCCUAAACUGGACUGUGUGAAAUGUGUUUUUUACUUCGUUUAUUUUGCAAUCAAAAAGUUUUGCCUCUUCUUUUGUUUACGCCUUAUAUACAUGUACCAAUAAAUCGAAUGCAUUGAAUUGAAAUAUAAUUUUGUUUGUUAAAUGUCAAAAUAAAAUGUUUUUACUAGUG